CUCGCCCCGCUGCGGGCCGCCGGGCCGCACGACCUGGCGGGCGAGGAGCUGGCCAUGGUGCAGGGCGCGCUGGAGCUGCGCACCAAGGCGGUGCGGGAUGUGCUCACACCGCUGGCCGACUGCUUCAUGCUGCGGGCCGACGCCGUGCUGGACUUUGCCACCAUGUCUGAGAUCCUGCGCUCGGGCUACACACGCAUCCCCGUCUACGAGGGCGAGCGGCGCGACAACAUCGUGGACCUGCUCUUCGUCAAGGACCUGGCCUUCGAGGACCCCGACGACUGCACACCGCUGCGCACCGUCACCCGCUUCUACCGCCGCCCGCUGCGCUGCGUCUUCAGCGACACCCGCCUGGACACGCUGCUCCAGGAGUUCAAGAAGGGUAAAUCGCACCUGGCCAUCGUGCAGCGGGUGAACAACGAGGGUGAGGGGGACCCAUUCUACGAGGUGAUGGGCAUCAUCACGCUGGAGGACGUCAUCGAGGAGAUCAUUAAGUCCGAGAUCCUGGAUGAGACAGACCUGUACACCGACAACCAGCGGAAGGAGUGGGUGCCGUACCACGGGAGGAAGCCCCACGAUUUCUCCAUCUUCCGGCUCUCGGACAGCGAGAUGAAGGUGAAGAUCUCUCCGCAGCUUCUGCUGGCCACGCACCAGUUCAUGGCAACAGAAAUUGAGCCCUUCAAGACACCCUGCCUCUCGGAGAAGAUCCUGCUGUGGCUUCUGAAGCACCCCAACGUCAUCUAGGAGCUGAAGUUUGACCAGAAGAACCGGCGGGCGGCAGAGCACUGCCUCUACCCGUGCCACCGGCCUGUCGACUACUUCAUCCUCAUUCUGCAGGGCAAGGUGGAGGUGGAGAUCGGCAAGGAGGGGUUGCGGUUCGAGAAUGGCGCCUUCACCUACUAUGGGGUCCCAGCCAUCAUGACCUCCCUGUCUUCAGACAGCGACAUGCGCAAGGGAAGCAGCCUGGGCGGAUCCGCCUUCCUGCUGCCCAUCUCCGUGUCCUGCAACUUCGCCUUCGGCAGAGGGUCGCUGGCUGGGUCCCCAGUGAACCGCUCGCCGUCUCGCUGCAGCGGGCUGAACCGGGCCGAGGCCCCGAGCCGGGAGCGGCCCACGCUGCUGCACAGCGGCAGCAACAGUGUCUACGCCCCAGACUACUCUGUCCACAUCUUCUGCGACAUCCAGUUUGUCAAGGUCACGCAACAGCAGUACCAGAACGCGCUGGCCGCCAGCCGCAUGGACAGCUCCCCCCACACCCCCAACACAGAGGCCUUCAACGACGGGGACUCCACCAAGGCCCCGACGGUCCGUGGGACCCCGCAGCCCCCCUGGGACGACAGCACCACCCUGCUGCCGGAGCGGGGCAGCGUCAUGGGUAAGUCGAUCCUGGAGCAGGAAGGGACCCCCGGGGGGCACAUCCAGUCCCAGCCCGGCCCAAGGCAGGACCAGCCAUGUCCAAACCAGACCACACAAACCCUGUGUCCAACCUUGGAGCCACACAAGACACUUGCCCCAACUCAGCCCACACUGAACAGCCACGCUCGGCUCCAGCCCGGGGAUGACCACUGGCCCCGCGACCCGUUGGCAGCCCCAGCACGGCCCCACUGGGACACGCUCGCACUCAGACCAUGGAGCCGUCGCAUGCCCACGCUGUGGCCCCUGCAUGUGGGAGCCACCUGCUCACGCUUGCUUGGCCCCUGCUCCCCUCUUGCCCCUGGCCCUGCCAGCCCCCACCCCCAUGGGCAUCUCCCUGCAGGCGUUCAGCCCGAUGGGCCCUGGAGCCCCAGCGACCCUGCGUCCCUGCGGCCAGCUGUGGUCCCCUUCAUCCAGGAGGAGCUGGUGAAGGAGGAGCAGAGUGAGUCCGCGGGGCGGGAGCCAGACCAGGGGCCAAGGCAGAGGGGUGCACGGUACCUGGGGAGGUCUCCAGAGAGGGAGGCUGGUGGGUGGCAGGGCCCCGCGACUCUUACCUGCGCCCUUGCAGACAGUGAGGGCUGUAGCGUCCCCAUGGCGCCGGAGAGCCCAGGCCAGGACGCAGUGGCCAACUCGUCCCCAAGCAGCUCCGAGGACACCCUGGGCAAGUGGCUGCUGAGGACGCUGAGCAGGCGGAGGCCGUCGGCGGAGGCCAAGAAGAUGCUGGAGGAGAGCUCCAACCUGAUGCCCCUGAUCACCUGAGUGAGCAGCAGCCGGGCUCACGCAGCCCAGAGGCCUGCGGCAUGAAGGCCGCCCGGUGCAGUGCCCGCGGCAGCGCAUCUGCAUCCACCUGCUGCUCCCAGCCUGCCCCGUGUGCGGGGCCCCACGACAAGGGAUGGCCCCUGGCAGGGGCAGACGCGGCCGCCCCGGGCCCACGGCUCCCCAGCGCUCUGCCUCCAGGGACAGCGGAAGUGCCUCUGGCUGGGGGGUCCCGGCUGGCCGGCCAGAGCAGGGGGGCUCCCCGAGCCAGGCACCAUGCAGACUGGCAGGGAGCCGUACCCCCAGCCUGCCCGCUCUUGUCCCCGGCACCCAUGCUCACCCGCGCCCCCGCCACGCCAGCAUGCGCACACCCAGCGAGACACCCCGCCCUCCCCGAGCGGGGCCCGGGGCAGCUCGGAGCCGCGUCUGCCCUGCAGGGAAGGGGCUCAGCACGGUGCUCCCCCUCCCCCCUGUGGUGCCAGGCUGGGCUGGUACUGCAAGAACUUUUAACUGGUUUCUGUGGAGACUGGUUGCAAUGGAGAUACUUUACAUUAAAAGUGAUGCCCUCC